CUAAUGACAAUGGCAGCACAAAUAUUUUAUCUGAGCUCGACCUACUGUACUUGCAGGCACUACCAAUCAACUUCAGAGCGAAACGCGUUUUGAAACUAGAAGCGCGACCGUGAGAAUAAAGUGUGGUAGCAGCAAUAUGUUUAGAUAAUGAAAAAUGUCCAACGAGGUUCCAUUUAGGUAGCAACGAUGUCUACGAAGAAACUAGCAAAGACAUUAGGAUUAGUGAAGCAGAGGAGUAAAAAUGUUUCUUCUGCAUCGAAAAGGGUUAUAUCAAAUCAAAUAUUUUCAUACCUGAUUGUGAUCGACUUUGAGUCUACUUGCUGGAGAGAAAAAAAUAACUACAGUCAAGAAAUCAUUGAGUUCCCGGCUGUUCUGCUGAACACCUCCACAGGGGACAUUGAUUCAGAGUUUCACACUUUUGUUCAGCCCCAGGAGCACCCUAUUCUUUCAGAGUUCUGCACCGAGCUAACAGGAAUUACACAGGUGCAAGUGGAAGCAGGUAUCCCGCUCCAGAUAUGUCUGCCACGCUUCAACCGCUGGCUACAGAGCCUGCAGCUGGAGAUGGGAUUCACAUUUCCUAACAAACAACAGACAUCCUCUGCCUCUUCUUCUGCACAAAAGCUUUGCACCUUUGUAACGUGGUCAGACUGGGAUCUUGGAGUUUGUUUGCAGUAUGAGUGUAAACGCAAACAGCUUCACAAACCCGAUGUUCUCAACAACUGGAUAGACCUGAGAAGUACCUACAGGAUGUGGUAUAACAGGAAACCCAAAGGCCUGAACGGCGCAUUACAGGAUCUAGGAUUACUGUUUGAUGGCAGAGAACAUUCUGGUUUGGAUGAUGCCAAAAAUACAGCACGGCUGGCGGCCAAAAUGAUGAGGGAUGGGUGUGUGAUGAAGAUCACUCGGAGUUUGGACAGGACUCCAGUAGUGGUCCAAAAAAAUGCUACUCAUCUGAUAGAAAACACAAAAGAAAAACUGACCGUCAGUAAAAAUGAAGAUGGGCCGUCCACCAGCAAAUCUUUUCUUCCUAAAGUUUUAAACAAAGCCUGUCAAAAACAGACGUUUCCAGAGAAGAAUAAUGAAAGUUCAGCCGUCGUGGUGGGCUCCACUUCACUUAUAAAAUCUGUUCAAAAGUGCGAAAGCCUCAUUUCACCAAAAACAUUACUGAACGCCCCACCAGCAGCAGCAGCACUGUGGGGUCACACUCGCACACCACCAGCUGCCCGCAUGUCAUCUACCCCCAUGAACCUUCACUCAACACACAACAGCAGCAGCCAUGUUUUAUGUUCCACCACUAUUAGCUGCUUGACUGAUGUACCUCAAGCAAAUCAGCGCUCUGAUGCAGCAUCUGUGGAUGACAUGGAGGAUGUGGAGCUUCUCGUGGACCCAGAGGAGCGCUGUGGUUCAUAUGAUGACGUUGUGUUGGAGUGUGGAGAAAAUGAGGGAGAUUCAGAGUUUCAUGCUGGAAUCUGUGAUGAGGAAGAGUCUGAAAACUCACACUCAUCCAGGAAUGAUGUCACAGUUGGGGUGAACUUAAAGGAGCGUGGAACUGUUGUGCAGAGGAACCUUGGAAAUAUUUUACAGAAUUCAUUAAUCUGGGAAAAUAAGAUUUUAGUAUCGACGAGGAGUGUCUUUAAUCCCAAAAAAGAAAUGACAAAUCUUGUAAAGUCCGAUCACUGUUUUGCGGUUCCUAAACCUGUUAACUGGAGGAAGCAAAAUCAGAGCAAAAUUGUCCCUUCCCCAAAAGUGCAAGAGAAAUCCUACAAAAAUAAUACAAAAGAUGUACUUGGGACAAAUUUCUUGGUCUCAAAAAACAUUUCCACUCUAAAUAUUAUUUCUUCUAAACCCAAACCAGAUAUCACUAAACAUGUCCGGCCUCUGAAUUCACCUUUGACCAUUUACUCUGAACCAGAAAAAAGAUCAUCGUCUGUCUCUCUCCACACACCCAACAACGUCCUCUCCACUCUACCAACCAAUUCCUUCUCCUCUCAUGUUAACCGUUCCUGUGUCUCUGGGACAACUAAAGGGCAAAAGAUGACCUCCCCGCUGUGCGCCUGUGGCAGGCGUGCAAAGCGGCAGGUCGUGUCAAACGGCGGUCCAAACCACGGGCGAGGGUUUUACUGCUGUCCGGUCCGCCGAUCAGGAGGCAAAGGCAAGAUGGAGAAAAGGUGUGACUUUUUUAAGUGGGAGUCGGCUCUGAUGAAGAGUAAUGCAGUGGAUGCUUCUGUUUUCAGGUCCUCCGUGUCAUUUUGUCACAUGAACUCCUCUCUAUCACACUAUCUAGCUAAUAAAGCUCAACUAAGAAAGAGCUGUUAAAGAUUGUAAAGUAUUGUCAAAUACAAUUGAAACUAUAACCUUAUUCACUUUUUUAUAAGUAACUUUGUAAAAUAUUUUAGAACUAUAACAGUUUUCAAUUAACUAUAAUUGAUUAUGCCAAGAUAGAUUUCAUCUUUUGAUUAUUUAUAGAAAAAAAUGUAAUAACAUAUUUUUUAAUGGUGCUUUCCAGCAUUUUUAUUU